CGGGCAGACAAAGAGAGAGACUCUGAAUGACAACAAACAAGAAGAGACAUGAUGGCAUCAGCACGGGAAGGUGAUUCACAGGAUCUGAGGAUUGUGCUGCUGGGAGUCUCUGGAGCCGGAAAGAGUUCAAUAGGAAAUGCAAUACUGGGUCGAGAGGUGUUUAAAGAGAGCAGAACCAGAGAGAGUGAGAAACAGAGAGGAAGAGCAGAAGACAGAAACAUCUCCAUCAUCGACACUCCAGGAUUCUUCAACACUCACCUGACUGAUGAAGAGAUGAAGAAGCAGAUGAUGAAGAGUCUGUAUCUCUCUGAUCCUGGUCCUCACAUGUUCCUGCUCAUCAUCAACCUGGAAGACUUCAUAGAGGAUGAGAGGAAUGUUGUGGAGCAAAUUCAGGAGAAUUUUGGAGCUCAAGUGUUUAAGUUCACUCUGGUUCUGUUUACUGGAAGAGAACAAAUGUCAAGGAAAGAAUGGAUGCUCUUUAUGCUUUGUACAAAAUUUCAAGAGUUGGUCAGUCACUUCAGAGAUAAUUAUCAUGCAAUCAACAGUAAAAAUGAGAUGAAUCAAACUCACAUCUCAGAGCUUUUAGAGAAGAUAGAUGAAUUCAUCAAACAGAAUAAUCACCAGCUUUACAAUAAUGAGAUUUACUCAGUGUCUCGCACAAAGAGCAUAAGAAUAAAGAAAAAACAAGAGGAAAAAAAGACAUAUAAAAGAAAAGAGCAAGAAAUUAAACAAAAGCAGGCUACAACAGCAUACGAGACUUUUACAAUCCAUAGUGUAAAGGAAGAAAGAACAACACAUGCUGUGAUCGAGCAAGUAAAGGAAAGAAAAGAAAAUACAUACAGGGGAAAAAAACAAGAGAAAGAGGAAAGACAAGAACAAGCAGAAAUAAAGUCAGAAACUUUUGAAAUGGAAAGUGCAAUGGAGGAGAGAAAAACACACACUGUGACUAAAGAACAAAAGGAGAGUUUUGAAUUAUAUCACAUGUAUGAAAAUGUGGAUAAUCAAUCAUUAUACAGAUUUGAGGAAUUCUCUAAUGAAGGAAUUAGAGACAAACAUGUAAAGACACCAGAAAAAAGCUGGGGAAUGAGAAAUAAGAAGACAUACCAGAUACUAUCAAAAGACGAGUUUAGGAUUGUUCUGGUGGGUAAAACUGGAGCUGGAAAGAGCGCAUCAGGAAACACCAUCCUGGGAGAAAAGCUGUUUGUUGAAGAAUUAUCUUCUGAAUCUGUGACUAGGAAAUGCAAGAAACAUCAGAGGGUAGUGGAUUGUCAUUAUAUAAAAGUGAUCGACACUCCAGGACUGUUUGAUACAUCAAUCAGUAAAGAGCAACUGAAGGAGGAAAUAGUGAGAUGUCUCUGCAAGUCUGCUCCUGGUCCUCAUGCAUUUCUGCUGGUCAUCAGACUGGAUGUGAGAUUCACAGAAGAGGAGAAAUACACAGUGAAAUGGAUCCAGAAGAACUUUGGCGAAGAUGCUGCUCGUUACACCAUCAUUCUCUUCACUAGAGGAGAUCAGUUAGAUAUAUCUAUACAAGAGUUUCUGAGAAAAAACAAGCAGAUCAAUGAGCUAGUCAGUCAGUGUGGAAACAGGUAUCAUGUUUUUAAUAACACUGAUGAGGAUCCAGCACAAGUCAAGGAACUGUUAAAGAAUAUAAAGAGCAUGGUGAUGAAGAAUGGUGGAAAGCAUUACACACAUGAGAUGUUCAAGGAAGCUCAGAGAAAGAUAAUGAUGAAGAAGGUUCAGGAUGCAGCUUUAAUGGGAGCGAGUGUGGCAGGUGUAGGAGCAGCAGUAGCUGGAGGUGCAGUACUGGUUGCUGCCACUGGAGGAGUCGCACUGCCUGCGGUUUUAAUGGCAGGAGGAGCAGCUCUAACAGGAGGAACGGGUGCUGCUAAAGCUAUUGCACAUCAAGUUAAAAACAUCAAGGAAAAGAGGAGAAGUUCCAUAGAUCAGGAUCAGAAUUUCAGUUUAGAAAAUGAGGAGGAAUCAUGAAACUAGGUCACUCUU